UUGAAACUUGCUUACUUUUAACAUUGAGUUGCCUUUUGUCAAAUUACUACUCGCUUUACUCUGUUAAGAAAAAAGAAGGAACAAAAUUUUUGCUCGUUCUUAACUGGGAGAAUUAAUCGUUGAAUCCUUCUCUUAUAUUUUGGAAUUUUACUUGCUGUUUGCUCUCUCAAUGGAGUCUGUUAGUGGCAUCGUUAGCUGUAUUGUCACUAAAGCUGCAGAGUAUUUGAUUUAUCCUAUCAUAAACCAUGUCAAAUACCUUUCCAAUCAUCGGAAAAAUGUUGAAACCCUCAAGCACCAAGCUGAGAAGCUGCAAGUUGCAAGGGACAGAGUGCAGCAUUCUGUUGAUGCAGCUUUACGAAACGGCAAAGAGAUCGAAGGCGAUGUUGACAAAUGGUUGUCUGCAGUCGACACAAAGAUCCUUGAACAAGUAGAGAAAGUGACGCAAGAUGAAGAACAAGCAAAGAAAAAGUGUUUCGUUGGUUUGUGUCCUAAUUUCUGGACUCGUUACAAGCUUAGCCUGAAAGCUGCAGAGGAGGCGAAGGCUGUUGCCGAGCUACUUGAACAGGGCAAGUUUGACGAGGUUUCUUAUCCUGUGCCUCUGCAAGGUAUCACUAUCACACCAUUUAAAGGGUACGAGGAUUUUGAGUCAAGAACGUUGGUUUUGAAUGGAAUAAUGGAGGCACUAAAUGAUGAUAGCGUCAGCGUUAUUGGGGUGCACGGUAUGGGUGGGAUCGGAAAAACAAUGCUAGUCAAAGAAAUCGCUAGAAAGGUCAAGGGCAAUUUAUUUGAUUCGGUUGUCAUAGCAACAGUAACUCAAGCCAUUGACAUUGAGAAAAUUCAGAACAGAAUUGCAGAGUUAUUGGGCUUGAAAUUUGAGGAGCAGAGUACUGAUGUAAAGGCACUUCGACUACGAGAAAGAUUGAAGAAAGAGAAGAGGGUUCUGGUUGUCUUGGAUGACAUUUGGGCAAAGGUUGAUAUUGAGGAAGUUGGGAUCCCUUUGGGAGAUGAGCACAAGGGAUGCAAGUUGCUGCUAACUUCUAGAGAGCUAAAUGUUUUAUCAAAUGGGAUGGAUGCUCAGAAAUGUUUUGCAAUAGGGUUUCUAAAUGAAAAGGAGGCCUGGGACCUGUUCAAGAAGAAGGCUGGCGGUUGUGUUGAAAGUUGCGAUUUGAAGCCUAUAGCUAUGGAAGUAGCCAAAAAAUGUGCAGGAUUGCCCAUAGCCAUUGCGACAGUUGCAGGGGCUUUGAGAAACAAAAGAUUGUUUGAGUGGAAGAAUGCUUUACGAGAACUAGAGAGGCCUUCAUCAAGCAACUUCACGGGGAUAGCUGCAGCAUAUUCAGCUAUUGAGUGGAGUUUUAAUUAUUUAGAAAGUGAGGAAGUUAAGCUGACUUUCUUGCUUUGCUGUGUAAUAGGCCAUAAUGGUCUGGUUGAGAAGUUGAUGAGAUAUACUGUGGGUUUGGGUUUAUUUGGUGGUGUCAACACUCUGGAAGAAGCUAGAAAUGAAGUAUUGACGGUUGUGGCUAAUCUCAAAGCGUCUUCCCUGUUGCUUGAUAGUUAUGAUGAUGAGCACUUUGAUAUCCAUGAUGUUGUUUGGGAUGCUGCUUUAGCUAUUGCUUCGAGGGACUACCUUAUGCUUGUUUUGAGAGAUCAUAUUCCAAAGGAGUGGUCCGAUAAGGCGAAAAUGAACAGCUUGAGAGUGAUAAGCUUACCUUGUCCUCAAAUUGUAGCCGAGCUUCCUAAGGAGAUGGAGUAUUCAGGUCUUUCCUUUUUUCUUAUGGCCCAUGAUGAUUCAGUGGCAAUUCGUCCCGAUUUUUUCAGACGAAUUGAAAGUCUCAAAGUCUUGGAUUUACCUUCAUAUUCCUAUCUACCUGACUCAAUUAAUCACCUCAUAGACCUUCGCAUGUUAUGUCUAAGAGGAUGUCUAGUUGAAGACAUAACCAUCAUUGGAGAGCUCAAAAAUUUAGAAAUCCUUGACCUUGCUUUCUCAUGGAUCAAAGAACUACCCAAGGAGAUAGCACAAUUGACUCGGUUAAGGUUGUUAGAUUUGAGUGAGUGUAGAGAACUCAAAAUCAUCCCACCAAAUGUCUUAUCAAGUUUGUCUAAAUUAGAAGAAUUAUAUAUGGAGGGAAGCUUUGCUGAAUGGGAAAAUGAAGGCGUGGUUGACAACGAUAGGAGAAACGCAAGCCUUGACGAAUUAAAUAGUUUGCCUCGUCUAACUACUUUAUAUGUUCAUAUUCCUGAUGCUCAAAUGAUUCCAAAGCAUCGGUUCAUUGAGACAUUAGACAGAUACAUGAUUUUUGUAGGUGAUUAUAAUGUGUACGAGUGGUGCCAAAAACAUGAAUGUUUGAGAACAUUGAAGCUCAAGUUAUAUACAAACAUUGAUUUGGAUAAUGGGGUGAAAAUGUUGUUGAAAAAGACUCAAGAUUUGUACCUAGACCUAGAUGGAAUCCAAGGCAUCAAGAAUGUACUUGAGGAGUUAAAUAAUGGGGAAGAUUUUCCAUAUUUAAAGAGAGUCCAUGUCAAAAAUGGUAAGCAGGUCCAAUAUAUCACAAUGAACAAAAUUGGGUUUUCUGAAUUACGUUCCAUAACACUUGAGUAUUUGCCACAACUCAUUAGCUUUUGCUCUCAAGACGAAAGGUAUUCCAUGAGUUCUGAGCCCUUACCACUUUUCAAUAAACAGUUUGUUUCCCGUCACUUGGAAAGCUUGCAAUUGUGUUCCAUUAACAUCAAAAGAAUAUGGCAUAACCAAACAUAUCCUUGGCUUUCGAAUUUGACGAGCUUAUUCAUCAAUAAAUGCGGUAACUUGGAGCAUCUGUUAUCACCCUCUCUCGCCAACAGUAUGGUGCAGCUCCAACGAUUUCAGAUAUUGGAUUGUGAGUCCUUAAGGGAGAUAAUAUUUAUAGAGAAACUAGAAGAAGAAAAGAUAGAUGUUAUUUGUUUCCCUCGAUUAAAUUUCCUGCGUAUAGAGGGCCUUCAAAACCUCAUUUUCUUUUGCUCAAGAAAUUAUAAUGUCGAAUUCCCCUUGUUGAAAGAGCUAGAGAUUGAGGCUUGCCCAAAAUUAAAAGAAUUCAUUUGUCAAACCAGUACUAAAUCCAGCAUACAAGCUCUCUUCAGUGAGAAGGUUGCAGUACCUAGCUUGGAAAGGAUGACAAUCUCCUACUUGAGUUAUGUGAAGAUGAUAUUUGAUAAUGAGCUAGCACCAGGUUCCUUUUGCAAAUUAGAAGAAAUAACUGUUGCUUUUUGUGAUGAGUUGUUGACUAUUUUUUCAUCUAAAUGUCUCAUCAGAGUAUUUAACUGUUUGCAAAUGCUUCAAGUGUGGAGAUGUGAAUCACUAGAACAUAUAUUUGAGGUCAGAGGGUUAAAUACCAACAAAGUACAUGCUGCAGAUUCUCAACUAAGCCCAGAAUUGAAGCAUGUUGAUCUCCAAGGCCAAGAGAUUCUUACCUUUCAAAAUCUACGACAAGUAGUUCUUGAGGACUGUUGGAGUCUGAAAAAUCUAUUUCCAGUGUCAAUAGCCAAACAUCUUCCACAACUUGAACAUUUAAGGAUAAGUAGAUGUGGGGUGGAGGAGAUUGUAUCGGCAGGGGAAGGAGUGGAGGAGCAGCCUGUGAGGUUUAAGUUUCCCAAAUUGUCUUCACUUGAGGUUACAGACUUAGAAAAGCUCAAAUGUUUCUAUAAAGGGCAACAUGCAAUAGUCUGGCCCAUGUUGAAAAAAAUGAGAACAGAUUCUUCUACUUUGCGAAAGAUAGUGCCUUCAGAACAUCUUAGAUUAAUCCAAGAGACAAAUGGAAAUGGGAAGCCAGUUUUGCUGGUUGAGGAGGUCUUUCCCAAUUUAGAGGAACUGCAGGUAGUAAUAUUAGGUGAUAUGGAUCAGUUUCCACCGGACUUGUUUCACAACAUUAAGCUUUUUCGACUGAGUUGUUCCUCCCAUGGUGGAUCUUCUUAUAUAUUUCCUUUCCUCCGAAGAUUCUACAAUCUGGGAACUCUUUUGCUUUCUGGUUUUGAUUUUAAAGAUGUAGUCCAUUGUAAAGGAGAUGCUAGGACUCUCACACGAAUAAAAAAUCUGAAAUUGCAAUGUUCUAGAAAUCUUAAACACGUAUGGAGGAAAGAUUCAGUGCUUGGUUAUAUUCUUUCUAAUCUCCAAACACUUGAAGUCUGGAAUUGUGAGGAUUUUAUAAAUAUCGGAGCGUGGUCAUUAUCUUUUCAAAAUCUCACAACUUUGCACGUGUCAUUUUGCAAAAUGAUGAAAAACCUGGUAGCUCCAUCUGUAGUUGAGAAUCUGGUACAAUUAACAACAAUGAGGGUAAAAGGGUGCACCAAAAUGACAGAAAUAGUGGCACACGAGGGAGACUACCAUCAGACGAUAGUUGCUGGUAAAUUGAAAUGUUUACAACUCAGCGAACUACAAAGCCUCACAAGCUUUUGUCCUGGGAGUUACACCUUCAACUUUCCUUGUUUGGAAGAAGUGGUUGUGGAAAGGUGUCCUAAAUUGAAGAUCUUUUCUGAGGGAGUUUUAAGCACCCCGCAAUUACAAAGAGUAAAACAGGAGACUUUCGAUGAGAAAGGGCGUUGGACAGGUGACCUGAAUACCACCAUACAACAAUUGUACACGGAAAAGGGUGGAUUCAAUGGCCCACGUGAUUUGAACAUUUCUGACACAUUUCCAAAGUUAAUAGAAACAUGGAAAAGGAACCCUCAAGAAAUUUUGGAGUUGCAGAACCUUAGAGAAAUGGAGUUUUAUAAAUGUAGCAGCUUGAAGUACAUUUUUACCCCGUCUAUGCUUUUGAGCCUCAAGCAACUAGACAGGAUAGAAGUAAAGGAAUGCAAUACAAUGGAACAAGUGAUUAGGGAGGAGGAGGAAGCAACCAUACAUAAGUUGACAUUUCCAAAGCUCUCCUUCGUAAAAAUAGAGGCUUGUUCCAACUUGACAAAUUUUUAUUUGGGAAGUCGACCUCUUGAAUUUCCUAAGUUUAUUGAUAUUACGAUAGUUGACUGUCCAAAAAUGACUGCAUUUUCAUCCUCAGUUUCAAGAGAGUGUGGCGAUGCAAGUGAAAAUGUGGUUGGUGAGGGGGACAUCGACAAUAAUACUGCAAAUUUUUUUAGCGACAAGGUUGUCAUUCCCCUUCUGAUGGAUCUGAAAUUGUCCUCCGUUAACAUUCAUAACAUAUGGCACUACCCAUCUUCCUCAUCUCUCGGACACUUGUAUCAUUUGCGGGUGGAGGGGUGUCACAAUUUGAAAUACCUGUUUCCCUCCUCCUUAGUAAAACAUCUUGUGCAACUCAAAAUCCUUCAAAUCUGGGACUGUAAUAUGAUGGAACAAGUAAUCUUCACGGAUGGAUUGGGUGCAGAAGAUCAAUGGAGGAAUCAAACGAUUUUCUCUAAACUAGAUUUGCUGUCUCUGAAAGACCUUCCCAAACUCACAAGUUUCUGCUUUCAAAAUUACUCUGAAUUCCCAUGCUUAACAAAUUUAAGGCUAAAAAAAUGUCCUUUUCUAAAAGCAUUCAUCUCUAUAUCUGUAUCCAGAGAUGAACCUCGAGCUGACCACCAUCUACAAGCAAGUAACUUGGGUCAUAACUCUGCUGUCCUCAAUGAAAAGGUUGUUUUCCCUAGUUUGGAGAAGUUGCAGAUUCAAAAUUGUGAUUCCUUAGAAGAAAUAAUUGAGGCACAAGGACUGAUUGCAGAUACAUCAACUACUCAAUCUAUUGUGCGAGAAACUACGACGAUUAGGAUGCAUACCACCCAAUGGCCAUCAUUGAAACAUAUGGAGGUUAUUGAAUGCCCCAAAGCACACAUAUUUGCUCUAAAAUGUCCUAAGAGUCAAGUUGAAAUCUCAAACCAACAACCCCUGUUUUGCGUCAAUGAGGACACUUUCCCUGUCUUAGAAGAAUUAACACUGAAAAUGAAUGAUAUGAUGAAGGGGAUAUGUGAUGGACAACUCUCAUUGCAGUGUUUCCCAAACCUUAAACUUCUUAACCUCCAUUGCUUUCCGGAGACAUCCACUACUCUUCCAUAUUGCUUCAUUCAGUCACUACCAAAGCUUCAAAAGCUUGUUAUAAACAAUGCUUCCAUUUCUGAAAUAGUCUGGUCUGAAGGACUCAGCGACAAGGGAAGGCGGACAUCAGCAUUCUAUCAGUUAAAGGAAUUGAGGUUGUCUAAACUUCCGCAGUUGACAUUAAAGACUUUUCAACCAUCUUUGCUGUCUUUCAAAAAGCUAACAACUCUAGAAGUUAUAAGCUGCCAUGGAUUCAUCAAUUUAAUGGCAUGCUCAACAGCUAAGAGCCUGAUGCUACUAGAAAGAUUGAGCGUAGCUGAUUGUGAGAUGAUAGAGGAAAUCAUAGCAUGUGAGGGUGAAGAAAUACAAGGCAGCAUUAUUUUUCCCAAACUGAAGUAUUUGAAACUAAGUGGUCUGCCACGUCUAGCAAGCUUUUCCUCGACACAUCACUCGUUAGAGUUCCCUGUCUUGCAAAUGGUAAUGGUGACAAAGUGCCCAAAAAUGAGAAAAUUCUGUCAAGGAGAUUUAAGCACCUCAAAUCUACAACAAAUGCAUGUAGCAAGAGAUGAGGAAGAUGAACUAUGGUGGGAAGGCGACCUUAACACUACCAUAAAACAAAUGUUCCAAGUAAUGGAUGUGCAAAAUUCUCAGGUGACUUAAGGAAAUAUGUUUGGGUGCUUCUGAGACAAAAGCUUAGUUUCAUUUCAGUUCAAAACAAAUGGUUGAGUUGCUCUAUUGAUGUAUGGGUCUGCAAUUUUCCUCCGAACCUAAAAGUGACUUUCCGGUGAGAUUUCGGUGACAUUGUUGGUACCAAAUGAAAGUUCUUUUCAAGAUUUUUCAAAUGGCUAUUAGUGGACUUGUGAAAUUUGUCACUCAAGUGUUGAUUCAGCAGACUAGAGAUGAAAUUUGAGUGCUUUAAAUCAAAGACAAGCAAAGAAGGAAUUAAAUUGAAGCAUGAGAAAUAGAACAGGGACCGAAUCAUAAAUUUGAGACAUUUGAGGGUCUGAUCAAAUUUUAACCUUGUAAAAGUCAAAAUUAGAAAUGAAAUAUGAUAUUAAUUUAUGCAGUUAGUAAUAUGUGGAACAAGCUUAAAAUUAGCGUAUGAUUUAUGUAUAAAUAGGUGGUGUGGUACAAUUGAAAGGCAGCUUAAUUUACCUACAUUACUAUUUACUACUGUUU